UAUAGAUACAGAAAAUAGAAAGAGGAGAGAGGGAGAGAGAAUGGGGAAAGGAAGAGCACCUUGUUGUGACAAGACCAAAGUGAAGAGAGGUCCAUGGAGCCCAGAAGAAGAUUUGAAACUCAUCUCUUUCAUUCAAAAGUUUGGCCAUGAGAACUGGAGAUCUCUUCCCAAACAAUCUGGGCUAUUGCGGUGUGGGAAGAGUUGUCGUCUGAGGUGGAUCAACUACCUCAGGCCAGAUCUGAAGCGUGGCAACUUCACUGCAGAGGAGGAAGCAACCAUCAUCAAGCUCCACCAAAACUAUGGAAACAAGUGGUCGAAAAUAGCUUCUCAGCUUCCAGGUAGAACAGAUAACGAAAUCAAGAAUGUGUGGCACACCCACCUAAAGAAAAGAUUGGUUCAGAGCUCGGGAACCGAUCAUACUGCAGACGAGCCAGCUAAUUCAUCACCUUGUUCAAGUGACUCUGUUUCUCGAGGAGAGGUUUCUUUGAACAGAACAACGAGGAAUGCCUUGUCUACAUCUGUGUCUUCCGGUGGUUCCAACCAUUCAAUCCAGGAAGAUGAUCCAAAGAUAGGCAUGACGUUUGAGUACAUAGAAGAAGCUUAUAGCGACUUUAACGACAUUAUUCAAGAGGUAGACAAACCCGAUCUGCUGGAGAUCCCUUUCGAGCCAGAUCCUGACAUUUGGAGUUACUUAGAUGCUUCAAACUCGUUUCAACAGUCCGCUGCAAAUGAGUUCAGCUCAGCUUCACGACCAGAGGAAGAGUCUGAUGAGGAUGAGGUUAAGAAAUGGUUCAAGCACCUGGAAAGCGAACUCGGGUUAGAAGAUGAUGAUGGUCAACAACAGAGGACACAUGACAAUAAAGAAGAGUCAUCAUCAUCACUACUGAAGAACUACGAGCUCAUGAUACAUUAAAUGAAACCAAAAGGCUGUUUUUUAUUUUUGUAAGUUUUAUUUUCAUCCAUGACCAAGAAAAUAAAUACUUAUUUAAUGGAAAGGUAGGUAUAGUAGAGAAAAAAAUGUAUUUGACAUUUUUUAGUAGCCUGUAGAUAAAAACAGAGUUGGUCAAUUACUAAAGCUUGAGACUAAACUAUCUGAAAGAUUCUUUGAUAGAAUCUGGAAGAUUAAUUGACUGAUA